AGGAUAAACCUGGGAGGGCCACGUGGCCAAGGUGCUGCCUCUGCUGCCCUUCUUUCAUUGCCGCAGGAGUGGGAUUUGUGUUACUGCAAAGCAAAGCUCUGUCUGUCCGCUGUGACCGACGGGGUAAGCAGUUUACAUUUUACGGUAGUGUGGUGAUGAGAUGAUGGCUUCUCUGCUCUCCCCGACUGCUCCAACAGCACUACUUUCCCAGCAGGAUCCCAAAUUCAUUUGCUUUUCUCCAUCAAAUCCAACCUCCCAGACUGCCUCUCUCUGCAGCUCGUUAACGAGAAAUACUAGUUUGAGGUGCAGCGCAUUCUUGGAUGGCAUUUCCGAUGCUACUUCUAGUUCUAGUUUGCCACUACCGCUACCGUUAGACUACCUUGACCUCGACCAGUCCUCGUCACUUCAAUUCCCUGCUCUUCAACCUGUUCUGCCCCUGCUCCAAAGUUUGAUCGCCGAGCUGCCCCAAGGCCACCAAUCGGGAGUCUUGCUCUUCGCUGGCUUUGCUUGGCUAUAUUUGACGGCCAGGCCGGGCGUUCUCCUUGGUGCCUUCGAUUCCUACCUUCUAGCUCCUCUGCAGUUGGGCUUUGAUACCCUGACUGGGAGAAGGAGACUGAAGCGGACCGAUUUCUUGAUUGGGGAAAGGCUCGGAGAAGGUUCCUUCGGUGUUGUUUACUCUGGUCUCGUUGUUCCUAAGAACGUGUCAGUGGAUGCUGACAGGGUUUUGACGAGAGCAACUCUGAGGGCUCUCGAGAACGAUCAAAGGUUCAAAGACAAGGUCAUUCUCAAAAAGGUAAAACUUGGAGUUCAAGGUGCUGCAGAAUGUGGUGAUUUUGAAGAGUGGUUUAAUUACAGGUUGUCAAGAGCAGCUCCUGAGACGUGUGCAGAAUUUCUCGGAAGUUUUAUUUCUGACAAAACUAAUUCUCAAUUUACCAAGGGUGAGAAAUGGCUCGUAUGGAAGUUUGAGGGUGAUCUUGACCUUGCUGAUUACAUGCAAGAUCGUGGCUUCCCUUUGAACCUGGAAUCUGUUAUGUUUGGCCGUGCCUUGCAAGGAUUAGAGUCUGUUGAACGCAAUGCACUGAUCAUCAAACAGAUAAUGCGCCAAAUCAUUACUUCCCUCAAGAAAAUCCAUGACACUGGUAUAGUACACCGGGAUGUAAAGCCCUCCAACUUAGUAGUUACAAAAAAGGGGAAAAUCAAACUCAUAGACUUUGGAGCAGCAACAGACCUUCGAAUUGGAAAAAAUUACAUGCCCGAUCGCGGACUACUUGAUCCUGAUUAUUGCCCUCCUGAGCUAUAUGUAAUGCCAGAGGAAACUCCAAAUCCACCACCGGAGCCAAUUGCUGCCUUUCUUUCUCCAGUUCUGUGGCAGUUAAACAGUCCUGAUCUCUUUGACAUGUACUCUGCUGGAAUUGUAUUCUUACAAAUGGCAAUACCGUCCUUAAGGUCCACAUUAGGUUUAAAAAAUUUUAAUCUAGAAUUGAAGACAGUGGGAUAUGACCUGAGAAAGUGGAGGGAGAGAACAAGGAUGAGGCCUGACCUUAGCAUUCUCGAGCUUGAUUCUGGUAGAGGUUGGGACUUGGCCACAAAGCUUAUUUCAGAGAGAGGUUUCCUGAGAAGGGGUCGAUUAUCUGCUGGAGCAGCCCUGAGGCAUCCAUAUUUUUUGCUAGGCGGUGAUCAAGCUGCUGCAGUUCUUUCGAAAUUUGCUUUCAAGUAGGAAACCUUUGAUCAUGUGGGAGGAAAGAAAAAUUCACGAGGAGCUUCUAUGCAUGUAAAGUUUAUUGUUCUCCAAUUUGUUAGCAUACCAGCAGUUCCUCCUUGAGAUACUUGCAGCUAAAAAUGUCUUGCUCGCCAGAAAUUGCAGAAGUCAGCGUGUUAAACUCGAAUGAGUAGUCUUGACUUUCUAACAGGGCAGAAAAUUCGUCUGUCUGCUGCUAAAUCCUUUUGUUUGUGCCUAAAAGAAAGAGAAGAGCAAAAACUUGGAAAAUAUUGCCGAAAGAUAUAUCCUCUGGCAAAUAACCAUUCUUUAUGUACUAUUGCUGUAGAUAUAUUUCCUGAAUCCCGCAUAGUUGCCUUUGUUGGCUGAAGACAAUCCAGAGAUCAAUACAGAAACUUUUCACUUCAAUGCGAUCACCAGCAAUUACCA